AUGACCAUCUUCAUUCAAGCAUACGACUUGGAUUUGUGGGAGAUCAUCUCAAAUGGAGACUUCUUAUUCACAAAGAAAAAUGACAAGAAUGUGGACAUUCCAAAGGCUAUAAUGGAGCUAUCAAAAAGCGAAAAGAGGUUAGGUGAACUCAAUUUUAAAGCAAGACAUUUUAUUAAUUAUGCUUUAAAUGAUAUUGAAUAUAGUCGUAUUUGCGGAUGUGAAACCACAAAAGAAAUGUGGGAUUUGCUUCAAAACACCUAUGAAGAGCUUAAGAAAGAAAUGGGUGUUACCUUAGAUUCAUCUAGUGCUACUUACCAAGACAUAUUAGGAGAAACAUAUUCUUGCUUCAUAGCCAAUGACCAAGGAGAAAUAGGUUCGGAUGAUGAUGAUGAUUACACUCCUUAA